CACUACUAUAUAACAAAUAAUUUGAGAAGCAAAAUGCCUCGAGGAAAGGUAGGAGGCAAAUAUGACCGUCGUAUGUCUUUCGAUGAUGUCAAGGACGAGCGUAUGUUGGUGAUGGUGGACAAGCUGUGCGUGUGGAUGGGAGGAAUCCUUGGAGAGACCCUUAACAGAGAAAACCUCAUCCCUCAAAUCAGGAACGGAGGACCCCUCUGCAGACUGAGUGAAUGCAUCCAAGCGAGUGUAGAUGACUUCAAGGCUGCCAACGAGGAUAACGACGAUUUGCCCAGCGCCUCCCCCCAGGGUGUAAAUCUGACGUGCGGUGUAAGGUCGAUGGAAGCUAGACAGAACGUUACCAAGUUUCUCGACUGGUGCAGGCAAAUGAGGGUUCCCGAAUCCUCCAUCUUCCUCCCCGACGAUCUCCUCAAGCUCAAGGGAAAAAUGAAGGUAGUGAACACCAUACUGGCAGUUGCUAGGAGAGCAAAGGACUGUGGAAUGGCUGCUGAUAUUGAUGCGCCACCAAAGAUUGCCAAUGCCUUCAUUGGAUUAGAAGAGAAGUUCGGCAAGAAGUUCGACCAUACAUCCAAGGCUUUCGGAACCCAGAAGAGUGAACUGAAGACAGUGAAAACCACCCUGGUGUCCGGCUCCGCAUGGAAGAUCGUUCAACAGAAGAUUGACACCAUCCUCCAACUCCCCGGCAAACCUUCCUACGAAAUCUUCCGAGUCUAAUAUGAGAGUCUGUAGCUCCAAACAAAUAAUACUCUUGCGCGCCGCUGAAGAGUAACGUGGGUGUUCUUUUAGUGUAUAAAUUAGCAAGAUGAGCUCUCCAGGGUCGACAACCUCUUAUAGUUAUAGGAUGCAACAAACUGUCAUUAGCCUUCUGUACAUAUCAUCAUAUAGAAACUUUUAUAUUGGACCGGUUUAUAGCCCACUUGAUUGAUGAAGUGGCAGAAAUUCUUGUAAAAAUUUUCCGUCUGCACAUUUCCGAGAUCCAAUUUACUAUCGCGGGGCUAUAGCUAGAGUGGUCUUUAUUUCUGACAAAUUUUUGACUUCUGAGCAUAACGUUAAUAUUUGUGUGAUUGUUUAUAUUAAAGUAUGUAAAUUCUGAAUCGGGAAAGUUUAGAUUAUGGCUUAAACCGAUAUAUAA